AUGCGGUGUUUGCGCUUCCGGUGUCAUGUCUGCGCACACGUGGAGUUCAUGGUAUAUCACAGUGUAGACGUUUUAUUAUGUUAUUGGCGUGUAACAGAGUAGUUUGAGAGAAUGAUUAGCAUGUAGUGUUUCCAGUCGCAGACUGGUUAAUUUUGAGCGGUAAACAUCUGCAAAGUAUUUCGGAUUUUUUUCUAGUAACCAAUACAAUGACAGAAACAGCACCGAAGAAGAGUUGCGGUUUGAAGUUUGCUGAACAGCAGCUUCUCCGUCACGGCUGGGAGCAAGGGAAAGGUCUCGGAAGGGCUGAGAACGGCAUCGCAGAAGCAAUCAGAGUUAAAGUGAAAUGUGGCAAAGGAGGGGUUGGCCAUAAAGAAAGUGAGCAGUUCACAUUUCACUGGUGGGACCAUGUCUUUAACAAGGCAUCUUCCAGUUUGGCUGUGGAAUCAGACCAGAAUGGGGUGACUGUGAAUAAAGUAGAGGAAGAUGAAGAAGGAAUGAUUUCUAACAAGAAGCCUCGUAAGGCCAUGAUGAACAAGUCCAUGCUCUAUGGAAGCUUUGUUAAGUCUGCUACUCUCUUCUCAGGGCAGGAACAACCUGAGGAAAAGUCAUCCGCCUCUGAGGACAGUAGCUCUGAGGAUGAAGAGAAGCUUGAUCUUUCCAGUGCCAAGAAUUUAUCUGAUAUAGAACUGAUGAAAGCAUGUGGAGGACGCACUGCACAUAAAGGUGCCAGACAUGGCCUUACUAUGAGUGCCAAACUAGCCAGAUUGGAGCAACAAGAGCAGGAGUUUAUGGCAAAAUAUGGCAAGAAGGAGCAUACAGACAAACCCACACCUCAGAGUAAAACAAUGCCGGCUGAGCUUACUUCCACGUUAGACGAGGAGAAGGCAGAGAAAUCAAAACAAGAGAAAGCCAGGAAAAAGGAGCGGCGGUCAGAUCAGCCCCAAGAGAAUGGUGUCCAGAACAACAGUGAAACUUCACAGGAGCACAAUAAGAAGAUAGCUAAAAAGCAAAAGAAACAGUCAAAAGACAAAGAAUGGGAUGCAACUGAUUUGUUUGCAGACACUGACACAAAGAAAAAGAAAAAAAAGACCAAAGACGAGCCGGAAGAGGAAAGUACAGAGAUGGUGCAGGAAGGUGAUGUGGCCGAGACUGCUGAACAUCAAGCAACAGAUACAAGUGUCCCUAAGAAGAAGAAGAAGAGAAAAAAGAAGAAACACAUCGACACAAGCAGCGCUGUUGAGGAUGGACAGAUUACAGACACUGUGCUUUCCAGUGAAGAGUCUGCAGAAACCGCAGUGUGUCCUGAACAUGAGCAGCAGGACGAGGGCACUGCUGCACACCAACCGACACCUAGUCUGCCUAAGAAGAAGAAAAAGAAGUCUUCCAAGACCAAUAAGCGUGAAUCCCAAGCUACAGAAAUGGGCAUCUCCUGUAGUUUAGACACAAGCACAGCAGAAGUUGAGAAAACAGUGGAUGCAGAGAAAGAAUCGUCACAGUCAAAAAAAAGGAAAAGCAGAAAUAAGGAAAUUGAGGCAGAGACUGGGAAGAGAUCAGAAGAUAAACCACCUGAAAAGAAGAGGAAGAAAAAGAAGCAUGCAUAGUGAAUUAUAUAAAAGUGCCAUGCAGUGUUGAUUUUGGAGGCUUAAAGAUAGAGUAUUGGCUUUCUACAAUGAUGAUAAAUGACUAGAAACACCACAUUAUCUUUUUGUGGUGUGAUUAAUAAUGAUACCUCAGGAUCCCUUGCUAGAGAAUCUAGCCAUAGUGCUGAUGUAUUGCGCUAGGUGCCAUGACUUUUUAAAUGUGAUACUUUUAAUUUUUUUCCCUCCUGCUGUUCACUAGUGCAUUUUAGCCAUUUACAUAAUGUUCGCUCAGCUUGACCAUGAACUUGCUCAAUGAGUUAUGUAGUGACAAAAAUAGAAUGCACUGAAUUUUUAAUGCA